AUGGCCACCGCAGUCCAGUCCGCCCCAAUCAGCCUCGAGACAAUGUCCGACAACAUCGAUGCUGUGAAUAUCCACAAAACAGACCUUCAGAGAGAAAAGAAUCUUUACGAAACAUCUGAAUUCGACAAAACCAAAGACAAAGCCGGAUUCCGUCAGUUUGACGAUGCUUGUGACCAAGUCAAGAACUUCUACGCCCAGCAACAUACCCGUCAGACGGUAGCAUACAACUUGAAAGCUCGCAACGAUUUCAAAAACAAGACCCGUGCACACAUGACUGUUUGGGAGGCGAUGGAAAAGCUGAACACGUUCAUCGACGAGUGUGACCCCGACACCUCCGAGUCCCAGAUGACCCAUCUCUUGCAGUCCGCCGAAGCAAUCCGCAAAGAAGGAAAGCCUCGCUGGAUGCAGCUAGUCGGACUUAUCCACGAUCUUGGAAAACUCCUCUUUUUCUUUGGGGCCAAGGGCCAGUGGGACGUUGUUGGUGAUACCUUCGCAGUUGGCUGUGCUUUUGAUGACAGGAUUAUCUUCGGUAACAAGUCCUUCAAGAACAACGAGGACUACAACAGCGAGAUCUACAGCACUAAGUUCGGAAUUUAUUCUCCUGGCUGCGGAUUGGAGAACGUUAUGCUCUGCUGGGGCCAUGAUGAAUACCUCUACCAUAUCGUCAAAGAUCAGUCUACCAUUCCCGAGGAGGGCCUGGCAAUGAUUCGGUACCAUUCGUUCUACCCGUGGCACCGAGAGGGCGCAUAUCAUGAGUUGAUGAAUGAACAUGAUCAUAAGAUGCUGGAAGCUGUGAGGGCCUUCAACCCUUACGACUUGUACAGCAAGAGCGAUGAGCUCCCUGAUCCCGAGAAGCUGAAGGUAAACUUGGCCCUUAGGCAUUUAGACUAUACUGCGGCAUAUGCUAACUUAUGUGGUACUGAACAGCCUUACUACAUGGAGCUCAUUGAUGAGUACUUCCCCACGAAGGUUAUCAGAUGGUAG